CCCUAGAAUUGGGGAAGGGUUUCUGGUCGCCUUCUCUUUCUGGAGGCGCGCUGCUUCUCGCGACAUCUCAAUUCCCGCCGCUCGCAUCGCGAGAUCUCCGGCCCUCGCCUUCGGGGGGUGUCGUGCUUGCAGUCCAGGAGGAGCAAGAGCAACCAUGGCUGCGAAAGCCGCUGCGAAAGCCGCUGCGAAAGCCGGGCCGACCUCCUUGGAGAAGGAGCAGAUGUUCGGGAUGGCGGAGAAGGAGAUGGAGUACCGGGUCGAUCUUUUCAAUCGGCUUACACAGACUUGUUUUGACAAGUGUAUUGAGAAAAGGUAUAAAGAAGCUGAACUCAAUAUGGGAGAGAACAGUUGCAUCGAUAGAUGUGUGUCGAAGUACUGGCAGGUAACUAAUUUGGUUGGUCAGAUGCUCGGUAACCGGCCUCAGAUAUGAGAUAGAAGCGGUAGAAGCAUUAGGCCAGACAAUUGUCUAUGUUUCUCCACAUUGGUUUUAGAAUGUUACCGAUUGCCAAGUACACAGCACGAGUGAGUGUGACUUGACUAAUGGAUUGCCCGAAAAGAAAGUGAACUGUUCCUUUCCAAUGAUGUACCUUCUCCCUGAAUCAUAAACAGGCCACAUGCCUAUAAUAAUUUGGUACAGCUA